CCUGUGUCUGAUAAGUAAUAAGUAAUCGUGUAGUGAGUCAGAUCAAGAACGUCAUCCCUUGGCCCUUAGCAACACACCGAAAACAAGGAGGGAAGAAGGAAGAAGACAUGGCCGCUUCAGUCGUGCUCGUUUUGAUGAUAGCUGUCCUUAGGACAGCUUCUGGUGAAUACUGUCCUGCCUACACCGACAUCUUCGGCAAUUACCAGUCUGGCUUCAGCUGUCCAAAUCACUCCAAUGGUGACUCUUAUGAUGACGACUACUGUUGUGGUACCAGCAGUCUCCCCUACUGCUGCGAUUCCUGCCUACUGUCACAGCAAACUAGCUACUGUGACAUAGUGUCCUACUGGUCUCUCAGCACUGGAGCCAUCGUUGGCAUCGCCCUGGGGUCUCUGGCCUUCAUCGCCUUCGUCAUCACGAUGUGCAUCUGCUGCUGCUGCGCCUGCUGCAAGUCGGGCAGUUCGGCUAACAGGACGACUGUGGUCCAGGGGCAGACAGUAAAUGCCGUCGCCGUGGCGCAGACCACAUACCCCGGCCAGACAGCAAAUGCCUUCGCCGUGGCGCAGACUACAUACCCCGGCCAGCAGUACCCGCAGUACCCUCCCGGCAGCGAGAUGACGCAGUACCCACCUACAGGAGCGCAGUACCCUCCAGCAGGGGCACAGAACCCCACUACAGGGGCUCAGUACCCUCCUCCAGGGGCGCAGUACCCCCCUCAGGGCCAGCAGUACCCCCCUGCAGCCCCGCAGUACGCCCCUCCAGGCCAGCAGCCGCCCUACCCAGUCGCUCAGGGUGACAUGGCCUACCCCCCGCCCUACCCAGGACAGGACGGUCAGCCCAUGAAGCAAUAGAAGGGCGCCGCUGAUGUUCCACAGAUUGUGUUUUCUUACAAUAAUGUAGCUAACUUUUAGGAUCAUAACCUGUAAAUUUUGCCGCCCUGUGUUUUGGUCUGUUUAUAUAUUUCAUAGUCAUGCAUGGUGUAAAGAAGUACAUGAAUCAACAAAUAAUCUUUUGUAGGAAUAAAUGUACAUCACGAAAGAUGAGUUGAUCAUACACAAGGAACAUGGAAUAUCCCAUGUAGUUGUUCUAUAGACAAGAACAUUAACAUUUUGUAGCUUUCUUUCCAACAAUUCAAUCUUAAUGAACCAAACGAACAAAAAAUCGCAAAAUAAGAUAAAUGAAGUCUCCGACUGCCCCCACCGUAUCCUAUUUCAAAGAUGAUGUAAUAGAAGUCGGAAGGUGAAUGUUUGAUACUUCGAUCCUUGACUGCGUUGUUCAAAGUUAUUCAUUAAACAGGUGAUUAUAACAACGUGGUCUUAGGGUGUGUUGUUUUCAGACCCCGCCCUUGAUAUACGUCACUUGUUGACUCAAGCAUUAGUUUCGAACUAACGUUGCGCAAUGGAAUGACUUGCUUCAUCUCUAAAUUAAAAGAAUAUCUACACACCAUGGCUAUACAACAGA